AACUGUUGCUGAAGGAAAUGGACUGUUCUAAGUGCCGGUGUUGUUGCCGCUCUAAUAUUCCACGACGUCCAGCACUUCGCAUAGUAUUGAUUGGGAAAACUGGAGUGGGAAAAAGUGCUGUGGGAAACACUAUCCUUUGUAGAAAUGUUUUUGAAUCAAGCCCUUCUGCAAACUCUGUCACUGAGCGGUGCAAAAAAGCAAUGGUCUGUGACCAAAGAGAGAUUUAUGUGAUUGACACACCUGGAAUCUUGGAUACCAGCAAAUCAAAAGACCUCAUCAAAAGAGAAAUAGUGAGAUGUAUUCAGGUUUCUGCACCAGGUCCUCAUGUGUUCCUGCUGGUGCUACAGAUUGGCCGUUUCACUACAGAGGAGCAAAGAUCAGUCCAGGCCCUGCAAGAGCUCUUCGGACAAGAAGCUUCAAAAUACAUGAUAGUGGUCUUCACUCAUGGAGAUGCACUCAAUGGCCAAACAAUUGAAGACUAUGUGAAAAACGGCCAUGCAGAACUCCGUAAAGUCAUCCAGAGUUGUGGUAGUAGAUAUGUUGUUUUUAAUAACACUGGCAGGAAUAAUCGAGCUCAAGUGAGUAGAUUAAUUGUGAAAAUUGAUGAAAUGGUGGCAGUAAAUGGGGGAGAAUGCUUCACUCAGGAAAUGUUUCAAGAAGCGGAAGAAAAGAUUCAGCAACAGAAUGUGGAGAGAGUGGCCGCAGAGCUACUGGAAUAUCAGUUUAGCUUUCUUGGGAUUCUUGACGACAGAGUUGCUUUGUUCCAACAAGUAUUGAUGGAAGGCAUUCGCGAACAGUUCAGUCUUGAUAGCAGCAUUUACGGUUACUAAAGAGACUUAAAUCAGACAUCUUAGAAAGAUGUGUAAUAUGAAAACUACUUCUGAACAUAAACACAGCUCAUUUAUGUGAUGUUACACAGUUGUGGAAUAUGAUGUUAUUCGACUCUGCAGCACAUAGCAUAAUGAAUAAUUACACAUGGAAGCUUGUGAAUCUAAUAUGAAGGCACUGUAUUCUAUAGCACUUUUUGGUUUCUGAAUUGUUUUUAGAGACUUUAUUUAUACUAACACGUUCAUGAUAUGUACCUUUGAUUUAAAUACUAAGUUUUAAGACUUUUUAACCCGAUACAGCAGAUAUUACCAAUCAAUCCAAUUCAAGCAGGGACUCCACUAGUAAGUGUAAUAUUUGUACAUAUAUAGUGAUUGUAUACAUU